GUGCCAGGAGGUGGCUGGAGUGGAGGAAGGAGAUCGAGCUGCUUUCUGACGUGGCCUACUUCGUCCUUACCACCUUGUCAGGUUAUCAGACGCUGGGUGAAGAGUACGUGAACAUCAUUCAAGUUGACUCAACCAAGAAAAGGGUUCCUUCCUUGCUUCGACGGGCCCUCUUCGUGUCUCUUCAUACUGUAGUACCCUAUUGCUUAGAAAAGGGGUUGCUGCACCUGGAACACGAGCUGCAGAGAGAAGCUGAGUCCAGAGCCUCGCAGAGCAGCCCGGCGCUUGGCUUAUCCAGCAGGACCUUGGUACAAAACUGGAUACAGAAACGAGUUGCGGCGCUUACGGAACGGCAGAAGAGAACAGGCUUGCAGAUUGUGUAUGUUCUUAAGCAAUGCGUACCUUUGCUUCAUCGGCUGCAUCUGGCAGCGUUCUACAUCAGCGGCACUUUUUACCACCUGUCUAAAAGAAUCACAGGAAUCACGUAUCUGCGUUUUGGAGGACUGCAAGAAGAUCAGAGUAUUCGAUCAAGUUAUAAGUUUCUCGGGAUAAUUUCGCUCUUCCACCUUCUUCUCACACUCGGGGUUCAGCUGUACAGCCUCAGACAGCAGCAGCGAGCAAGGCAGGAAUGGAAACUGCACCGCAGCCUUGCUCAUCAGAAAGAGUUGACCAAGGAAAAACCUACUGGGCGCCACUCCCGCUGCACUCUGUGUUUGGAAGAACGGAGGCAUACAACAGCCACACCUUGUGGCCACCUCUUCUGCUGGGAAUGCAUCACCGCGUGGUGUAACACCAGAACAGAAUGCCCGCUGUGCAGAGAGAAGUUUCAUCCUCAGAAACUGAUCUACCUGCGGCACUACCAGCUGUAA